UGUUCUGAAUGAGAAAAGUGAAAUCAUAUGUGUUAAGCCACUGGAAUUUGUGGAGACUACAAACAAAGACGAUUGUGAAACCCAACCAGAGGCUACAGUCCAUUCAUGUGUGGAUUUUGAACACACUAAACCUAAAACAGAAAGUCAGAAAAACAACAAAGAACUAUCUAAGAAACAAAGAGAUCAUUACCAUAAGCAAUGUCAACAUACUGUAAAAGAACUGGAGAAAUGUCAGCCAACAAAGUCUGUUGGACAGAAGCAACCAGCUGCUGAAAAUACUCAUCUUCUUUAUGAUAUAAACGCUUCCCAUCUUGAACCAGUUCGAACAUUACCAACAGAUAUAGGGAAUGAUGGACACAUGCUGUUGAUCAUCAAUCUCUCAAGUCCUGGAAUGGUUACUGAGCGAGGACGCAGGAAAAGAAUAAGAAUCGAUUCAGCAUUAACCAAACCACACCUUUAUAACACCUUACUGACUUGGUUUCUUUCUUUAGUGGGCCCUCAUCCAUCAAAUGCUAUUGAAGCUAAUGCUAAUGUACCAUUCUGGGUUGUUGGAUUGCAGCAGCUUUGGACAGAGAGAGGACUUUCUUUAUAUGUCUUAAUUGUGGCCAAACAAACCUAUACUCAAAAGAAAAAGGACACAGAUAUUCCUACUCCAUUCUACAAACACAUUAAUAGAUUUCUGUCUGAGACUUCACUCACCACUAUAGCUCACUGGAUUCCUCAGCUGAAUUUCAUCAUGGGAGACGACAUCUACAACACACCGAUUUGUCUCCCAUCAUGCAAUUUAAGCUCUUUUAUCACUACAACCUUGAACAAAAAAGUAAUAGGCAGAAUAUUUGAGCUCAGUCCAGGGUUUUACUGGCAGACAUUGGAAACCUCAGGCUAUGAAUGCAACGGAAGAGAGACCAUACAAGAACUGCAUACAGAGAUAUCCAUUGCUUUGGGACAUAAAGACUUUUAUCAACGCCCACUGGCCACACACUAUACCCUACAGGCCAUCCUCGAGUCAGGUUUAGAUGUCUGUGGUUUAAGACUCCUUUAUCCUUCAUCUGAACCUCUGCCUGAUCAUUUUGGUUGCAAGAGCUUUCUUCAAAAAGGUGGUGGCACUCAAUGUGUCCUAGCCAUGGGAGUCCGUGGCCCCUAUGCCCAUUCAAAAUUACAAGGCAUAAAUAGAACAGUGCAGCACAUGUUUGGGCAGAAGGCAGCUGUUGUUGAAGAUAGUGAAGGAGAUUCUUUGCUGUUGUAUGCUCCUCACCAACAAGUUCAAGUCCACAAAGAGCUGUGUCUGUGGUUUUCUGGAAGACUGGAAAAGUACCAGGAGGAAUCUCUAAAAAGCGAAGUUCAGUCAGUCCAGGACAAUGCAUCUUUCCUGUGUGCUACAACUAAAGCUGACAUACUUCUUGUGGUGUCACCCCUCAUUCCAUCAUGUUGCUACGGCCAAGUGCUGUCCACAUGUGAACACAGAGGAUUUAUUCUCAGAGGGUUACAGAUAAUGGAAAUUGAUAAUGAUAGAAGUUCACUACUAGGACUCACCAGUCAGCAAGCUCAAAUCUUCUGCACAUCCCAGAAAUGUCUGGUGUUGAUACUUAAGAAAGAGAACGCCCUACCUCACAGGAUUUCUCUUCCUGCAGCUCUUAUGAAAGAAUUCAAGACACACAACCUUCUGACCUUCCUGCGAUCCAGGGGUGAUGCUGUUCAAACUGCUGAGCCAAGUUUGUGUUUCCAUACAGCCCCCUACAGCAACAACAUGUUUAAUAUUUUUGUGCAGUUGGCUUGGGCAGUUCCAGAUCCUUCCACUGUGGUCCUGUCCAAUCAAAAGUGUCCUCUGGACUUGGAGGAGGAUGAGGUGGUAGUUUUGAGUUUGUGUGGACAGGACAUGAGCCAAGGUUUGGGCCUCCUACACAGAGCCCUCACACAACAUGGGUUUGAGCUGCUCAGUCUGAAAUGGCUGCAUGCGUUGAGUCGCCUUCAGGCCCUGGAAGUGAGCCCUUAUGAGGUUGGAGAGAAGUGCAGCCGCAGCGCUCUGGUCAGUCUGAUGUCUGGCCCUGCUUUACUGUGCGCUCUGAGGCGGAACAAUGCUCUGUCUGCUCUGAGGAAACUUCUGCUGAGAGAGUCCAGUGGAGACUUGGGUAUUUUGAUGUCACCCACACCUCAAGUGACAGCCAGACAAUGUGCACUUUUCUUCUUUGAGCAUGAACUUAUUUCUUGUGCAGUGAAAAAAGGGACUGGAACGCACGGAGGAUAUUCUAACCCACAACACUGAACAGUCAAUUACCAUCUACCCAUAAUUUCAUUUGCAAAAAUUGCUUGAAAUUUCUACUCUGCGUGUGAAAUACUAUGUAAAUCUAUGUAGGCAAAGCCUGAGGUUCAAUUUGUUUAAUUUAUAUUUUCAUUAAUAAAUCAAUAGCUGUUUAAUUCCC